AUGUACCAUUGGACCAGAAAUCCUGAACCUCAGAUAGUGGGACCAGCUGCGCUGGCUAUACACUAUUAUUGGACCACUGUCCUGAAAAUUCAUAAGGAUGAAGAGAUGCUCGACUCAAGAAACUCAAAAGCGCCUUGCCAAAGAGUUGCGAAACUCAGAGUGGAGUGUGCCAAGGAGGCAGUUUCCAACCAUGUGCCCCAUUGUCGAUCUGAAAGGAAAAAUCCUUCACCGGAUCAGGGCGUGCCCAUCAGACAGAUCAUUCCGGGUGAGAAUAGGUUCGACCUACUCUCUUCCAGCGCCGGUCUGAAUUGGAGUUCCUCAAGGUUCCGUCUUGGGACUACUCCUGUUUCUGAUCUACGUCAACGACCUCCCAGAUGUUCUUGCGAGUCUAUGUCCACUUUUUGCGGACGACUUGAAAUCCUGGAGUUCCAAUGCCAGUGCCCUCCAAAUGGAUGUAGACGCUGCCAAGCAGUAAUCGUUGGACUGGCACCUUCCCCUGAGUGA